ACAAUGAGUGGCCAAACUGACAAUUUUAUAGGGGACCAGCCUGUUACGAGUCCCAGUGUCUCAGAUGAAAUCCUUUAUGAACUUGGAUAUUCCAUCAGUCCAUCACAAGAGGAAAAUGAGGGGGCUGAUGAAGUGGCACCAAAGACUGUUGGGCAAUCAGAAUUGAAUACAGAUUUGACCAGCAAUAGCCAUAGUUUCAAUUUAGUUCCAGAAUUGCCCAAAGAGCUCGAGAAUUCUCUUCAAAAAGUGGGGAGUGUUUUGACUGAAGAAGAAAAGAGAUUUGAAGAAACUGACUUCCAAAUUGGUAUAGAUUCUUCAGUUGUAACAUAUCCUGGUCAUAAACUCAAGGACAAAAAAUACCUGCAGAAAAUUAAAAAGAGGAAAAGAAGAAAGAAGCGCACAACUUGUUCACCAACCAAGCUUGAGGCCAUCUGCAGGGAGAUGUCUGGACUAGUUGUGUCUGAAGAUGAUACAUCAACCACUGAAACUUCCCCAGAGUCACUGAAUUCAGAGGAAGGGGGGUUACAACAAGAUAUAACAAACAACAGAAAUACGGAAGAUCAAAAUGAUGAAAGUGAAUUGAUGCAGCAAAGCAGCUCAGAGGGGAUGCAGGAAGGCCAUGACAGCAACACUAAUUUGGAGAAUCAUUGUAAUGAUUAUAGUGAGCAUAAUGAAGAUGGAGAACUCACUGCUGUUUCAUCAAAGGAAAAACAGUUUGUAGAUGUCAGAGAGCUUAGUCCAAAUGAAGAAACAAGAGAAAUUCAACCUAGUCCAACAGGUAUCCCCCAGAAGUGUUCAAAAUCAGACAAGGAAGAUGACGUUACAAAUUUUGCUGACAUAACUGAAAUGACAAGUACAGAUGUCAAUGGCUUCAUUUUCAAGUCCCUUAGUAAUGAGGACACCGAAUUUGAAAGCACAGGAAAAGAAAGUAAUGACAGCUCUGUUAAAGAACCGGUCAAUUCUCAGCUCUCUUCUGAUUUAUCUGGAAAUACCAAUGUUUGCCAGGAGUUUUCUUAUGAAGAUUUAUUUGGAAAUAUUAAGAAGUGUUCCAUAAAAGUGAGAAGGCUAAGUGAGGAAUCCAUUGCUUUAUACACAGGAGGGUCUCCGAAGAAACAAACAUCUGUAUGCGGAACAUCUGAAGUGUCUUAUGCCUCGUGCAGUAAACAACCCUUGUUUCUUGAACCACCUGUUCAGAGUGAACCCUUGUUUCAUGAACCAUCUGCUCAAAGUGCACAAAGUGAAAAUGGUAAAGAGACAGUAGUGGGAAAUGAAACAGAAGUCACAGAAACUUCAUCGGGUAAUCCAAAAGAAAAUAUCAUUAACUUAAAGCCAUUAUUAGUGAGAGUGCGUCGUUUGAGUGGUGAGUCCAUCGCAAGCUACACAGGUAGUGCGAUGUCUCCACAGAAGGGGAAAAAUAAAGACAAUGAAUUCAAAGUCCCAGAAAGUCCUUCCAAAUUGAAAUCCAAUGAAAGAAGAAGAUCAGAGAGGUUUACAAAAACUGAAAAUCUAUCACCAGAACGUAAAGCAAAAAAGCAGAUGCCAAGUCCAAGUAAAAGUGUUAAUUUGAAGGCCAAGGUAAAAGCAAGCAAUUCAGCUACCAAUCAAUCUCAGAAACCAGAAAGUUCAAGGUCAUUUAGAGGUGAAAAACUGGAGGAACAGAGGGAUAACAUAACUAGAAGUAAGAGGGGUAGAAGAAGUAGGCCUGGGUUGUUUGAAAGUAUCAGUGAAAUCAACUUCAAACAUCAUCUAAAAUCACAUACUGUAAUGAAGAAGUUGGAAGAGAGGAGGAAUGAAAAUUUAGGACAUUCUAAAAAUUCACGUCUGUUAGAAAACUUAAGUGACAUUUCUUGCAAAAACUUCCUUGAACAGAUUAAGAAGUGUUCAGUGAGUCUUGAAAAAAUUGUUGUAGAUUCAUCCUUGACAAAGAUAAGAGAAAAGCCAAGGUCAGCUGAUGACAAAAAAAGUUCAGACUUUGACAACUUUAAAGUACCCAUGGAGCCCAAAUUAUACCUAGAACAAAAAAGAUCUGGUAGGAGGACUAACACAUCCACAAUUAGUUUGUCUCCAGGAUCAAGUUCAGAAAAGGGUUCAAGUCCCAGAGCUGUUCAUAAACCAAAUAGAAAGCCUAUAUCUUUGCAACGAGAAGCAGCCAGUGAAAUAAACUAUGGAACUAGGACAUCUAGGUCACAGUCAUGGCAAGAACAGUUCAUUAAAUCAUUAGCAAACAAAUCACCUUGUAAAUCACCAAAUGAAUUCGAAAUAGAAAACUUCAACAAUGAUGGAUCACUGAAGAGAACCUCUCCUCGAGUGAGAAAAUUGAGUGGAGUUUCAGCUGUAAAUACCGAGAUGAAAGACACUCAGAAUAAAACCAAAAAGUCCAAAAAAAGUGAAAGAAGUCAACAAGAAAGUAUGAAAGCAAGUCAGUCAUCCCCCAUAAAACUAUGUAGUGUGAAUAUUCCAAGAUUAAGUAGUAGUGAGAUUGCAAGAUACAUGAACAAGAAUGUUGGCAUUUUUGAUGACAUAGUCAAAGAGCUGAAAAAAAGAACUGAAAAAUCAAUUACAGAGGAAGUAGUGAAGGAAAAUGCUGCAAAGAACAGUUCUUCAGAGUUUCUAGUUCCAACUUUACCUGUCCGAAAAAGGAGGGGAAGUGGAGAUACCAUCUCCAGUUUGUCUAAAUGGAGCACUAGGAGGCAGCCAUUGAAGACCCCCAAACCAAACACAAGAAAAGCACCAAAAAAGAAAUGGAUAGAUAUGGAAAGUGUUGAUAGUGAGUCGUCGGUGAGACCGUGUAGUGUAAAACUUAUGAGACUUGAUCCAGAUUCUGUAUCAAACUGUCCCCAUGAUUUGAAUCAAACUGGUGACAGUAUGCCAAAUCAAAUUGUUAAUCCAGCUCUCAAUGUGUCAAAUGUUGACCAAGUGGUAGAUGAUGAACUGUACUGUUUGAGAAGAUUUUUACAGGUACCAAUAGUGCCUGAACCUGAACUUGAUGUAACAGCAGUGUCUGAAAAUAUAUCUGCUGGAAAACAGGAAAAUCCGAAAUUGAAGUCAUGUUCAGUUGUGCUAAAAAGGAUAACCAAGAAACAGAACUUAAAAUCUGUGAAUAUCAAGAAAGUGAUUGCCAAGCAACUUGCAGACAAUGUAGCAUUUUCUUCUGGAAGUGAAUCAGAUCAUGAUGAAGAAGAAUCAUGCAUGGAUAUUGACAAACUUUUGUUCUCUCUAAAGGAGACCACUGCUGUAAACACUCAUUUAGAUGGACCAGCACAGGGAGACUUCCUAUCCAAUCAACCAGAAGUAGAAGCCAUUGAUAGGUCAACUAGCACACUAGAGAGCACUAAUAAUAGGAAAGAGGAUGGUAACAUUUCUGGGACAAACAACGUAGCAGAUGAGGAAAUAACUGAUAACCUGUCAUUACCUGGUAAUGGAAAUGAAGAUGGAAAAAAAGAUAAUGGAAUUGUUGACUGGAGUAGACUGAGAGCAGAGGGCAGUAGUGAAGACAUAGUAUCUACAAAUGUCAUUUCUGCUGAAGUCAUCAUGGCUGAAGACAAACCUGCUGAAAAUAUAGUCCAACCUUUAGACCAAGAAAAUGUACCCCUGACUUUAGAUGCAAUAUUUGAAGAAACUAAAAGGAAGUGUACAGAGAAAUUGGUCAACAAGGAUUUUGAAGUCAGUGUUGAAGUGCAUAAAAACCUGACAGAAACUGUCAAACUGUCAGAAAAAAGAAAACCUGAGUCGGACAUCUGGAGUGAUAGUCUUCCAGAUUUAGACUUGGAUGAUGUGAAUCUGGAGAAAGCAAAAGCAAUCCAGAUGAAAAGUUUGUCAACUGCCAGUGUGUGUUCAACCAGUAACUCUUCUUUCAAGGAGGAUGGUGGAAAGGAGAAGGAUACAAGUGCAGAUCUACACAAAGACUAUUUUAAUUUAGCAGAUAUGACAAAGAAAUGUAGUGUAAGGUUAGAGAAAAUCAGUGUGAAGCUCAAAGCAUAGACAAUAACUGCCAUUUUGUUGUUAAAAAAAUUAUCAUAGAAACAAGUUUUGUUAUGUCAUUUUUGAUUGGUUGAUUUUGUAUUUUUGUUGACUGAUUGGUAUUUCCCAAUCAAAUGCAUGAUUGGGAAUCUGUACAUAUGUUUACUUAGAUGUACCAAGCAUGAAUUACCGCUCUUUCUUUUCACUUAGCACAUCUGUGAAAAAUCAUAUUUCAGUCAUGAUCAUGAAUAUGCCAUCUGUAGAGAUGUUUUUGUGGUAAAAUAUGAAUACCAAAUAUGUUAACAUACAGUAUUAGGUGUUUGUUUAAAAU